AUGUUAAACAGAAUCAACAAGUUUUGUAUUUCCAAGUCCUGUUCUCGAAAAACCGAGGAAUGUAAAAGUCUUCUUUCCACUAUUCUUCAAAAUUCCUUUACUAUGCCUUUCUGUUCAUUUUGUAAGGGUUGGGGUAUUCCUUCCUAUCAGGUUUCUUCUCUCGAUUCUUCCUGUUGCGCUAAAUGCAUUCGACUCAAUUGUUCCCGAUGCGAUAUACAGAGCGUUAGUUCUUCGAAGUUGUAUAAAAUUGCUAUUUAG